UACAAGUGCGUGCGAGCGUAUCGAAUCCAAACAAACGGCAAAAAAAAUCAAAACAAUUCGAAAAAACCGUGAAAAUUCAAAAAAUCAUCAUUGAAUCCGCCACCAGUGCUUUCCAUGUCAUCUCCAGUGAUCAUUAAACCCAGAUCAUCGAAAAAUCAUCGAGAAAUAGGCGAAAAUAAUCCGAAAUAGAACGACGCGAGCCGCUUUUUUCGUCGGUGGAUUGAGUGAAGAAUUAAUGAUUGACGCGUUAUCAAUUUGGAUGAACGAGGGCGGGAUGAAAUAAUAGGAGUUUAUUGUACACCUCAAUCAGUAACACCGACGCCCUAACAUCGUGCGUCCGCACUCAGUCCUCAGUGUAGGCUAGUCGGUCGCCCGAGUGGUCGUCGUCGAAUUGGAGAAGAAAAUUUUCUCAAGUUGAAAGUUUUCGUUUUCUCGGGGAAUUGACCGGAAAAAAUCGGGGAAUUGCGCUUCGACGGUUCAAUUCGGGUGUCUCGCGCUCCGAAUUGAGGGGCAAAUUUUUUUUUCGGCGUUGUCAUUGGACCUGCGGUGUAUGGAUCCGCGGGAGACACGAGAUUCCAGGGGAAGAGCAUCGGCCAGUGGGGAACGACUGUUUUGAGUUUUUUUUUGUUUCUUUUUUUUCGGAGCAAAAUUGAGAUUCUUCGGGGGCUCAGGCAGGGCUCGUUUGAUGGAGGAAUUGUGCAGGAAUAAUUGCACCAGCAUGGAGGUUCUUGUGGAGAGUGUGAGGGACGAGGUCUGGGGACAGUGGGACGAGUUUGUGAAUUAUUUCGAGUAUCAACCCUGGUUUUUCUCGCUGCUGGGGAGUGUUAUGGUUGGACUCUCCGGAGUUUUUCCACUGCUGGUUAUACCGAUUGAGGAUGGAGUCAAUUUGAAGAAUGGAGCGGGGGCUGGAACACUUCGAUUACUCCUGAGUUUUGCUGUUGGUGGACUCCUGGGUGAUGUCUUCCUCCAUCUGUUGCCCGAGGCGUGGGGAAAUAAAUCGUUGAACACGAACUCGACAAAAGAUCACCCCUCGAUUCUCUGUGGCCUCUGGGUCCUCACUGGCUUCCUCGUAUUCAUAAUAGCCGAAAAAAUAUUCGUGGGUAGCAAUGACGAGGACGAAGAAGACGACAAUGAGACUGAUGAGCCCAAAGUCUUUCAGAAUAACAAUAAGAAGGUGCACGCGCACAAUAAUCACCAGAAUGGCCACUACUUCCACCUCAACAACAUUACGAAGAAGAAUGGCUUUGCCAAUGGGGUUGUCAAGCCGAGUAAGGACGAAAUAUACAGCAGAAGUGAAAUGCAAAAGAUUGAUUAUUCCAUCAUCACCAAGUGCAACGGUUUUUCCAAGGAAAUUAUCGCACAGAAUGGGUUUGCGAAGGGACCGAGGGACGACGAUAAGAGGGAAAAGAGGGAUAAGCCGAAGGGAAAGCAUAUCAGUGGAUAUCUGAACCUCAUGGCUAAUUGCAUUGAUAAUUUCACUCAUGGCUUGGCUGUUGGGGGAUCCUUUCUCGUCUCCUUCAGGCUCGGGGCGCUCACCACGUUCGCCAUUCUCAUUCAUGAGAUUCCGCAUGAGGUCGGGGAUUUUGCGAUUCUACUCAAGAGCGGGUUCAACAGGUGGGAUGCUGCGCGGGCGCAACUCAUCACUGCCACGGGAGGGAUUCUUGGGGCUUUAGUUGCUGUUGCCUUUUCUGGGAGCGGAGUUGAAUCACGAACCAGUUGGAUAUUACCAUUCACCGCAGGUGGUUUUUUGCACAUUGGUCUCGUAACAGUCCUACCAGAGCUCCUGCAAGAGUCUAAUCCCAAGGAAUCGAUGAAGCAGUUGGGUGCACUACUGAGUGGUAUAACGAUAAUGGCAAUACUGACGAUACUUUGUGACUGAGGCAAAAUCGUGUGGCAUUUUGUCUCACACAAAUGUUGAAUUCUACUCAAAUACCCCAAAUAGAUGUAGAAUCGAGGCUUUAAGGAUAGCAGGAACAAGAGGACCGAAUUGACUGAUAAAUGUGUGAUGUUUCUUAGCAAAAGAAUAAGAAAAUGGGAAAAAAAAUUGAAGCAAUCUGCUAUCAGUUGAGCGUUUGUUCUCUUCAUUUAAUGGAAAUUAUCGUGAUUAUUUUUUUUUAGUGGAACCUCGCAGUGCGAGGGAGAUUAUUUUCGAACAAUUUAUUAUAUCUGAAUGAUAAGAAUGAGACGAGAUGAGAAGAUGAAAUUCGUUGACAAUUUAGGGAAGAUCCCACUAUUUCGCGAAUAUCUCGAGAACUAGUGGGUUUAGAAGAAAAUGUGAGAAAAUUUUUUUUGUUGGAAAUUUAAUUUUCUGCAGAAAAGGUCCUGACACUUUUCUUUCCAAACUCAGUAUUUUUCGAGUUAUUCAGGAAAUAGUGCGUCCAAAAAUCAAUCUUUCACUAUUUUGCUGCAGAAUUGCUCUGACCAGUGAAAAAAAUCGAACAAAAAUUGAAAACGGAAUAAAAUACUCGUUAUCUCCGUUAUUAUUUUUCAAUUACUCUUUUUCUUAAAUAUAUUUUCACGUAUUGUUAGUCCAUUUUCAUAGUCUAAUUUUUCUGUAUAAAUAAACAAAUUAAGAGAAACAGUUAGUGGCACUCCGCAAAUGUUGAAUCAGACGUGAGUUUUCAAUUAAAAAGUAUUAGUCGAUUGAUAAAUUCCGCAGUUAUUGAAUUGUGCAUGAUUAUUGGAUGAAAUUUAUUGACAUGAAUGAACAAAUCAGAAGGAAUUCAGUUGUGAAGAAACAAAAGUCAAUUUUUCAAUCUUGUUAAAUGUUCAAUUAUCCCCUUAAUGAGUGGAUUUAUGGGAAAAUGCGAUAAGACACUUUUUGAAGGAAAUUUAAUCCUCUACGAAAAAGGUUCUAUGGUAUUUUGUUGUAGGACCACUCAUUACUGAGAUUAUUGAGGAUUUAGAAAGUGCGAUUGACUUCACCGGAGAAUUCUCCACUCGAGUGCGAGAAAAAUUGUUUAAUAAUGCGCGAGUGCCUUGAUCACGGCUCUGUAAAUAGGCGAUGAUUGACGAAAAUGCACGAGAAUUUAUUUUGUUACUUUGAUGUGCAUUUUCGGAUGGUUUUUCACCUGUAUUUGACCUUUGUAACAAAAUUCGUAUUUUCUAAACUUCAGAAAAGAAUUUUUGUAAUUGAUUAGUUGAAAUCAUGUAGUUGAAUGGGUUUGAAAGACUUAAUUCAUCGGUGGAAUAUGUAAAAAACCGUACAAUUGGCUUGUAAAUAAAAGAAAUAUGUGAGUCUGUGACUUAA